AUGAGUUAUAAAACUAAUUAUGCCAAUUCGAAUGCAAACGCUAAUGCUUUGAAUAAUUCAAAUAACCUAAACAAAAUAGAUGAUAAUAUAAUAUUUGAUGAAGCUUGGAAAAAGAAAAUACUUGAACCAUUAAAAGAUCGAAGAUAUAAGACGGAGGAUGUGACAAAAACUAAGGGAAAUGAGUUUGAAGAUUAUUUUUUGAAGAGGGAACUUCUAAUGGGUAUAUUUGAGAAAGGUUAUGAAAAACCAUCUCCUAUUCAAGAGGAGAGUAUUCCUGUUGCAUUGGCUGGAAAGAAUAUUUUGGCAAGAGCAAAAAAUGGGACAGGGAAAACCGCUGCAUUUGCAAUUCCACUCUUGGAAAAAUGUAAUACCCACAAAAAUUUUAUUCAAGGACUUAUACUAGUGCCAACGAGAGAACUGGCAUUACAAACAUCCGCAAUGAUAAAGGAAUUGGGUAAACAUAUGAAAAUACAAUGUAUGGUUACGACUGGGGGUACAUCGUUAAGAGAUGAUAUUAUGAGAUUAUAUAAUGUUGUUCAUAUAUUAUGUGGUACACCAGGUCGGAUAUUAGAUUUAGCAAAUAAGGAUGUUGCAAAUUUAUCAGGAUGUCAUAUAAUGGUAAUGGAUGAAGCGGAUAAGUUAUUAUCACCAGAAUUUCAACCAAUAGUUGAAGAGUUAAUGAAAUUUUUACCAAAGGAAAAACAAAUAUUAAUGUAUUCUGCUACGUUUCCUGUUACUGUGAAAGAAUUUAGGCAAAUAUAUUUAUCUGAUGCACAUGAAAUAAAUUUAAUGGAUGAAUUAACCUUAAAAGGUAUUACACAGUAUUAUGCUUUUGUUAAAGAGAGACAAAAAGUACAUUGUUUAAAUACCUUAUUUUCUAAAUUACAAAUUAACCAAGCUAUUAUUUUCUGUAACAGUAUUACAAGAGUAGAAUUAUUAGCAAAAAAAAUUACAGAAUUAGGAUAUAGUUCUUUUUAUAUUCAUGCAAGAAUGUCACAAACACAUAGAAAUCGAGUUUUUCAUGAUUUUAGAAAUGGUGCUUGUAGAUGCUUAGUAUCUUCUGAUCUAUUUACUAGAGGUAUAGAUAUACAAUCUGUUAAUGUUGUUAUUAAUUUUGAUUUUCCUAAAAAUUCAGAAACAUACCUACAUAGAAUUGGGAGAUCAGGUAGAUAUGGACACUUAGGAUUAGCUAUAAACCUAAUUACAUAUGAAGACCGUUUUAAUUUGUAUAAAAUUGAAUUAGAACUUGGAACGGAAAUCCAACCUAUUCCCAAUGAAAUAGAUCCAUCCCUGUACACCUAA